AUGAGUGAGUUCUCAGUUCGACGUCUUCAUCCGUUUCUGGAGCAGUUGGUUUUGUGUCAAAGAGCAAAUCGUGACGUUCGCGAUAUUCUUACUACGAUCAAGAAAAUCAUUGAUGGACGCCCGUCGUGUUCAGUGACUAAGGAAGAGCAAUUGGCUUGUGAGGCCGCCAUCCUAGUAGCACUACGGGUAACAUCUUGCACUGUAUUCCGUAUUAUAUUGGGUGAAAAAGUUCCUAUAACGUGUAAUGUUGGUGCUGAAUCAUCGAUGACAACAGGCAAAUGGGGUAACGACCGCACAGGAUACGCUGCUGUUGUUCAUGCUUGCCUUUCACUCCAUGAAAACGAUAGCGAUCAGCCGAAUUUGGGAAUAGUUAAAUUUUCCCAUAUUCAUGCGCUAUUUUCUGCUUUAAUGUCUAACAUGGAAGGUCCGUCGAGUUCGAUUUUAAUUAUGUUACAAGCUGUGUACGAUUUAUGUCGAAUGUUUAGUCGAAUCAAUGAAUGGAGGAACGAGUUUACUUCUGUAAAGUGUGUCGGCCUCUAUGGGAAAGUUGUUUCUGUUUGUUUGGAAGUAGCAUCAGAUAAGGAGAAUGACAUGAAAUGUAGGCAGCUGGCACUAAUGUCAUUGGAGAGCGUUAUAAAUAUCUCGGAAAAUGGUGGUGAUUCGCUGCCUAUCGUCUUGCCAGGGCUGUCGUCUACGUUGGUUAGCAUAUCCUGUGCUACUAAUGAAAAUUUCGACAUUGUUAUCGCAUGUUUGAAGAUGUUUUCAAAAGUAAUUCCGAUUUGCUUGUGUGAUGGUCUGCAUGACAAUGAUGAUGUCUCUGUUCCUUCGGAUUUGAAGCCGGAAAUUCGGCAGCUUUUAAUUCAGAGAAACUCUGAGUGGAAAGCUGAUACAAUCAAGAAUGUGAUUAAAAUGCUGGCUAACAUUCUUUCGUACCUCAAUGAGGACGUAUCCCGAUUGGCUAUCAGUCGUUCUCCAGUGUUACGGUCUAUUUUUCCUGCCCUUGCAGCAUCAUUAAAGGUGGAUCUACGACGUCUUUUGAUUACACGCGGUCAAUUCGGAGGAUCUUCACUUGAGUUCAUUAAAUUGCUGCCGUUUUCUUUUGGUAUCGAUAUUUGUUCUAUUCUUCCCGUAUGUUCUGUACUGGCAGAUUAUGGAGGAGUUGAGUACUGCGUAAGACCAGCAUGGCGUAACGUCGGUGAUAAAACUUUUUUUCUGCAAAAAUCUGGGAGUAUCGCGCAACAAUGUCCGCAUCAUAUGGAGAAUCUCGUUGUGCCAAUUCCAUUCUUCUUUUUGGCGGAGUUGAAAUUUCUUGACGAUCCUUAUGUUCUACUUUCAUUGGCUGAAACAUGUAUCGAAUGGAUUUCAGAGUUUCGGCCAAAGGGGCACGCUCGCGACGAUAUUAUUGAAUGUAGGAUACCUGUCGCAACUAAUGAGACUGUUUUGGUAAUAGGCUUGGUGUCAUUACUGGCCAUAACUUUCACAAAAAUUACAGAGGAGAAAAAACAACUAAAGCUCCUCAUUGAUUUCUUGUACCAGCUGUUGAGGCUUUACGCCAUUCCUAAUUGGAUUUUGCACGAUGCAGCUGACUGUGCGCUUAAUGAAAUUUCAAGUGCGUUCUCUCUAUCAGUGUCGGAGUUUCUGUGUGAACGCGGAUCAUAUUUGAUCCACCAGAUUGCGUUGGCAGCCAAGUCUCGUGCAGAACAUGACCACGCUCCAAUUGUUUUGUCAGUUCUGUUGAAUAGAGUGGACAAUGAGCAGAUGUACCAUCACGUAAGGCAUAUUGUCGAAGAUUUGCUUCAGGCGUUGGACAAAUUCAUGCAGGAAUACUGCAUUCUUAUCUUGCGUUCUAUGUUUUCGUUUGUCUGUGCAGUUGGCAGGAAGUAUUCAUAUGCACCAGUACUUUUUGCUUUUUGGGAUGAGCCUGGAAGCGAUGAUGGAAAAUUGUUAAGCGAAGAGCAAGCAAUAAUGGAAAUUCAAAAAGCACCCCCGCCGCUUCCUAUUACAAGCGUCGAAAAUGUUUUGCUAAGGACCACUCAUUUGCUCUCAUCAUCACUUUUGCCUAUUCGAAUAUUGGUGUUGAAAAUACUGUAUGAAGGUUUAUGGGUAAUGCGAAAUUUUGACGAUUCACUUUUACCUACUAUACAUCGGAAUUGGGAGGCUUUAAUACAUCGGUUUAGUGAUCAAGAGUUUGAAGUGCGACAGGAAUGUGUUAAGGUCGUCGCACAAAUGGUCAAGGUGUCAAAAACUUUUGUAUAUCGUCGUGUUCGCUAUCAAAUGUGGCCAUUAAUGGAGAAGUGGUUAAGCAAUGAGAGCACGCGUAACUAUUCUCCAGUGUCGUCUGCAUAUAAAUAUCAGUUGUUACUGAUAGAGAGCUGUGCGGACAUUUGGAUAGGAAUUAAUGCUUUAACAGCUGAUGUAGAGCUGCUUCUGAAAGUACUACGAUUGUACGAUCGCGAUUCCACUAACACGCAGCUGAAACUUGCAGCAGCAAAGGCGAUCGGUCGACUAGAAGUAUAUCUAGAAGGAAGAAAACAAUAA